AUGCACAACGAUCCUCCGUCGGAGAUCUGCCAUCCCGCCCACCCAGAGCACAAGCUGAAGCUGAUGGCCGGCACGCUGUUCUUUUGCGACGGCUGCAAGGAGCCCGGUUACGGGCCCAGGUACGCGUGCGAUUGCGGCGGCGGGGGCCAAUCCUUGGACCUCCAUACGCGUUGUGCCCUCGCAGACGAUCAUCUCUUCGAUCUCCACACUCUGGCGCAUCCGCUGUUCGGCUACGGCAAGCAGUUGGAGUUCCGCUUCCUCCACGAGGCCCCGUCGUCCCCUGUCCAGGAGGGCAGGAGGGUCUGCGACGCUGGUGGCGAGCCCCCGCGCGGCUACGUCUACCACUGCUCCGAGCAAGACCUCUACAUCCACCCGUGCUGCGCGUCCCUGCCGGACCGCUUUCUCCAUGACGGCCGUGCCUUCGACCUCCACCGGAGGGCAUCGCGGCCGUGUGCCUUGUGCCCAGAUAAUGAGGGCCAACGCCGUUGGUUCUGGUCGUACCGCUGCAACUUGGACGGCGAGGCUGCUGUAGACCUGCACGUGGCGUGCCUCAAGGAAACAGCUCGCCGCGCUGGGGGGCCUACUACCGUAAGCAGGACGUGGGUGACUGGCGCCCUGAAUUUCGACAGCAUGCUUAACAUGUUUAGCAGCAGCAUCGGGUUCCACAAGUUUGGCGAGAUUGCAGGGACCCUUGCUAGCUUCGUCACGGCGCUGGUUUUUGGGAACCUGAUUGUCAAGAUGUAG